AUGGAGCAUCGUUUGCAAAAAGGCCUGACUGAGAGGUUUGAACUAUUUAUGAUGAAAAAGGAGGUGUGUAAUGCCUACACAGAGUUAAACGACCCAAUUAGGCAAAGAGAACUGUUUGAGGAUCAGGCCAAGGCCAAAGAUGCUGGAGAUGAUGAAGCUAUGUUUGUAGAUGAAAAUUUCUGCACUGCAUUGGAAUAUGGGCUACCCCCAACAGCUGGCUGGGGAAUGGGUAUUGACAGACUCACUAUGUUCCUCACGGAUUCAAAUAACAUGAAGGAAGUUCUGCUGUUCCCUGCAAUGAAACCUGAAGACAAUAAGAAGGAUUCUACUCCAAGCCAGAAUGCUGAUGGGACCUCUGUGUAAUAAUGUGAACGCUGUCUGCUUUUAAAAUGUUUGUAAUCUACUUGUCAGAGAAUCAUUUACUUCGGGAUACUACAGCUCUGUAUCUUUAUACCUGGGAAAAAAUAAACAGUUUUAUGAUUUAUCAAA